AUGCGUCCACGGCGAAAUAACCAUCUAAAUGACCAACAGCUUGAGCGGUUAGCCAGUUCAUGGUAUGAAAGUGAAGAUGAACUUGAUUUUUCUGCCGAUGAAUGUGAGCAGGAUCCAACAUUUGCCCCUCCGGUGGACAGCUCAUCAGAAAACGAUUCUGACAAUCUACCGCCAGAGCAUUUGAUACAGCCAAAACAUACUGUCCAUCAUUCUCCUCCACCGCCACCUCAACCAUCAACUUCUCGUGGAAUAACAAAUAGUUCGGAAGCCAAGCCAGCAAAAGUAAAUGUCAUAUGGAAAAAAAAACACCUUGAGCUCAUUCAAGAGCAGCUUAGUUUUCUUGGGAACGAUGAUCUUCCAAAUGACUUUCUACAAUUAGAAACGCCAUAUCAGUUUUUUUCGUAUUUCUUUACUGAUGAAAUUGUAGAUCAUAUUCGCGAUCAAACAAAUAUUUAUAGCGUGCAAAAAGAUCCAAAUAAGCCCAUAAACAUCGAAGCCAUAGACGUUCGGCAAUUUGUUGGCGUUGUUUUGUACACGUCAGUUGUACGUAUAUUGAACGUAAGAAAUUACUGGUCCGAUAAAAUGGGCAUAACUAUAAUAAAAGAAACUAUGCCAUUGAAAAAAUUUGAACGUUUGCGGCAAACUUUCCAUUUCAAUGACAACUCUAAGAUGUUGCCUUAUACCCAGCCAGGAAGUGAUAGGCUUUAUAAAGUUAGACCGCUUAUUGAAAAGCUCAAUAAGCGCUUUUCGACGGUGGUACUAGAGAGGUACUUGGCUGUUGAUGAGCAGAUGUGCUCAACUAAGGCCAGGAGCAUUUUGAAGCAAUAUAUGCCAGCCAAGCCUCAUAAAUGGGGCUUCAAGUUGUUUAUUUUGUGUGGCGUUAGUGGUUUUGGCUACAACUUUGAAAUUUACAGUGGCCAAGAAAAUAUUUUAGAAGAAGGCGAGCUGCAAUUGGGUGCUUCCUCAAAUAUAGUAAUGCGUUUAGCGAGGAAAAUACCAAAUAAUAGCAAUUACAGGCUGUAUUUCGACAACUAUUAUACCUCCUUACCUCUUAUCGAACAUUUGGCGAGAAGAGGUAUUCACAGUCUUGGUACAGUGAGAAAAAAUAGAAUCCCCAAUUGUAAGCUACCGGAUGAGUCUUUUUUUAGAAAACAACCAAGGGGUACUUCAGUGGAGUUUGUUGGCGACCACAAUGGGAUUCAGAUUUCAACAACCGCUUGGAAAGACAAUAAAAUCGUUUCCCUUGCGUCAAAUUUCGCAGGUAAGAACCCUACAUCUAAUGUCCAGCGAUAUGACAGAGUGAAUAAAGUCCAUAUAUCAGUUGAACGACCAUUUGUUGUAGCCGAGUACAACCGCCACAUGGGCGGGGUGGAUCUGAUGGACAGUAUUAUUGCAAGGCACAAGAUAUUACUAAGAAGUAAAUUUUGGUAUAUGCGUCUGUUUUACCACCUUCUGGACAUGGUUAUGGCAAAUGCUUGGCUACUUUAUCGCCGUGUCAACAAACAAGCUGGCCGGUCUGAAAAUUUGAGCGCCGCCGACUUUCGAAUGGAAGUAGCUGAAACACUGUGUAAGGUGGGCAUGAAACAAAGGGCGAGUAAAAGGACAUCUGAUGUUGAACAAGGUCUUCAAGCUAAAAAAAAGAAAGGCCCUGCUCAACACGCACCGCCGAAAGAGGUUCGACUUGAUCAAACAAGUCAUUGGCCAAUAUGGGGAGAAAAAAGAAUACGCUGUAAAAUGCCAAAUUGUACUGGAUUUACACAAACAUUAUGCGAAAAAUGUGGAGUAGGCUUAUGCAACAAUAAAACGAAUAAUUGUUUCAAAGAUUUCCAUUGCAAGUAA